AGUAAAAUAUGUUAUGUAUUUCAUAAUAAUUAUUAUAUUAGUUUUUCUUUAGUUAUUAAAAGUAAUUAAUUCAUUAUUAGGUGCUUAUACAAAUAUGUUGAGUGUGAGUGGAACUGUUUGGAGAACAAAUAAUGUUUUAGAAGUAAGUCAUCAACACUUAAAGAUGCACAUUGGAAGCAACCAUCAACCCGAGCCAUGGGUAUUUCUAAAUGCUUUAAAAUCCUAUAGUACUGGUAUAAGGAAUGAUUACCAAAUAGCGAUAGAUGGUGGUUUUAUCAGAGAACCACAACGUCGAAUUUGGAUUGAAAACCAAAGAAGGUUGGAUUUGGCCAUGCGAUUAUUUAAUGAAGGUCGGUACACUGUCUUGGAGUUUCUGAUUUGUACUCGUCAUGUAACACCAACAUUCGGAGUGAUAAGACCACAAGGUGCCCAUAACUUGACACCCAACACUGAGCCACUACCAUCACAUACAGAACUGCAACCACAACUAUCAGUGAACUUACCACCACGUCAAACGCAUCACUUACCUUCAAACAGUAUACAAAAUUCAACAAUUCAAGCAGUUACAUUGACACCAGUAGAAUUACAGCCCCGAUCACUAAACGCCACUAAUCAACAGGUUCAGCAUUUUAAUGAUCAACAAAACAAUUAUCUUGCUCUUCAAGCAAGAGCUAGAGAAUUGUUAAUUGAGAGAAGACGAGUUAAUGGAGCAGAAAUAACCAUCUUGGAUUUGAUACAUGGAAUAGAUGAUGACGAAGUGGUGACACCACCAGAGCGAUUUUAUGUAACCCGACAAGAUUUAAAUUUUUUACCAAUUGUUGAGCCAAAGUGUUAUAUUUGUCUGUACUCGCCAUCAACAGUUAUAGCCUCUCCAUGCAAUCACCAAGGGUUGUGCCAGUCAUGUUUUGAAAGUUAUAUAAAAAUGCCACCAUACGAAAAUACUCCAUAUUACCGUUGUGCUUUAUGUAGAGCUGAAGUGGAGUUCUACAUGUUACUAAAUAACUAA